GGUUUCUAUUUUCCUCCUAUUUCUGCACCGCUUCCUGUCCGUCGCACGUAAACGGCGAGGCCGUCGCGAACGUGCGCUUCCUGCCCGGACAUUAUUUGGCUCCACGCCAAGGGGAUCGCACGGGCGCCGCAGUUCACCGGAAUGUGGUCUCAGAUGCAAGAACCUUGAGGUCCUCGCUUGCCGGCCAGGAUGCAGAGCGGUCAGGCCUGGUGCCAUGGAAAUAUCACCCGGUCAGAGACGGAGAAACUCCUCUCCAAGGCGGGCAGAGACGGCAGCUUCCUCAUUCGUGACAGCGAGUCCAUACAAGGAGCGUUUGCCUUGUGCGUUUUAUUCCAGAAAUGUGUGUACACGUACAGGAUCUUGCCCAACAAGGACAAGAAGCUGUCAGUCCAGUCAUCAGAGGGAGUUCCUAUCAGGUUCUUCUCCAUGCUGCCGGAGUUGGUGGAGGCGUACCAAAACCCUAACAUGGGCCUUAUCACGCACCUGCAGUAUGCUGUCCAGAGGGAGGAGGAGCUCGAGGAGGAACCAGAAAACAAGGACCUGCCACCCCAGCUUCCACCCAGGAACUUCCCGGCCGGGGAAGUGAAAGACGGGGUCGCCAAGUCCUGUGAGCAGGGCCACAAGGGUCUGUCCGAGACCUUCUUGAUGAGACUGCAGCACGUGGACAUGUCCACGAUAGCAGAGGAGCAACAGGCGCUGAUUCUGGACUACUUCAGGACCUCGGUUUGUCUGGACGCUGAACAAGUCCAGAACGGGAACCACAGUCUACCCGGACUCAAGAAGCUGACCACGGCCAUCUGCAAGAAUCUGAACGGUGAAAUUUCCCGCGUCCUUCCAGCCCUGGAGGUGUGCCAGAGAGCGUUGGACCAGCAACCCUGGCCAGGGACCGGACCGCCUCCGAGACAAAUUGAGGCAGAUAGCGGCCAGUCUGUGUCCGUCAGGCUGGAACAUCUCAACAAAGUCCUCUACUCUCUGGAGGAGAAGGCCAAAAACGCUGCCUUUGACUCCGUGGGCUACGAGAGAGGCCAGAGAAAGUCCCUCAUUCCUCCUGUUGUCUUUGAGGUCAAACAAGAAUCUCUUGGAAUUUCCACCAAGAUGUUCAUGAAGGUGGACGUCGAGGGCGGUAAGCUGCACAUCACCAAGUUAAAGGACGGACCUGACGACAAAUACUUUGCACACGAUAAAAUCCGACAGCUGGUGAAGUCCCAGAAGAUGCACGCCAAGCUGGUCAUCGUGGUGGAAACUGAGAAGGAGAAGAUCCUGCGCAGGGAGUUUGUCUUUGACAACGCUAAGAAAAGAGAAGGCUUCUGCCAGCUCCUCCAGCAGAUGAAGAACAAACACUCCGGCAAACCUGAACCAGACAUGAUCACGGUCUUCGUGGGCACCUGGAACAUGGGGAACGCCGGCCCGCCCCAUGGCACCAGCUCCUGGUUCCAGUGCAAAGGUCAAGGCAGGACCCAGGACGAUACGGCCGACCUGAUCCCGCACGAUAUCUACGUGGUGGGCACCCAGGAGGACCCUCUGGGCGAGAAGGAGUGGGCGGACGCGGUGAAGAGCGUGCUGAGGAGCGUCACCGACAUCCACUUCAAACAGGUGGCCGUCCACACGCUGUGGAACAUCCGCAUCCUGGUGCUGGCCAAGCCCGAGCACGAGAACCGGAUCUCGCACGUGUGCUCCGACAGCGUGAAGACGGGGAUCGCCAACACUUUGGGGAACAAGGGAGCGGUGGGCGUGUCCUUCAUGUUCAACGGAACCGCCUUCGGAUUCGUCAACAGUCACCUGACCUCAGGAAGCGAGAAGAAACUCAGACGGAACCAGAACUACCUCAACAUCUUACGCUUCCUGAACCUGGGAGACAAGAAGCUGAACCCGUUUGACAUCACCCAUCGCUUCACGCACCUCUUCUGGCUCGGCGACCUCAACUACCGCGUGGACUUACCCAACACGGAGGCCGAGUUCAUGGUGUCCAGGAUCCGGCAGCAGAACUACCAGGACCUGCUGGCCAGAGACCAGCUCAGCAUGGAGAGGACCGAGCAGAGGGUCUUCCUGCACUUUGCCGAGGAGGAGAUCACCUUCGCACCGACUUACCGCUUUGAGCGCUACACCCGAGACAAGUACGCCUACACCAAGGCCAAGGCCACCGGGACUAAAUAUAACUUGCCGUCGUGGUGCGAUCGCAUCCUGUGGAAGUCCUACCCUCUGGUCCAUGUCGUCUGCCAGGCGUAUGGGUGCACUAACGACAUCAUGACCAGCGACCACUCACCUGUCUUUGCCUCCUUCGAAGUGGGCGUGGCCUCGCAGUUUGUCUCCAAGCGAGAUCCCAACAACGCCCCUCAAGGCGGCAUCCAGAUCAUGAACUGCAAAGCCACCCUGCUGACCAAGUCCAAGACCAAGUUCUUCAUUGAAUAUCACUCCAGCUGCCUGGAAAAAACUGUCAGGACGUGUGAAGGAGAGAACACGGAACACCUGGAUGGAUCCAUCAAAGUCUGGUUUGGCAACCAAGUGCAGCUCACUCCAAUCAUCUCGGACGCCGAGUACCUUCUGGACCAACACAUCCUGAUCUGCGUCAAGUCCACGGACUCGGACGAGUCGUACGGAGAAGGUUGUGUUGCGCUGCGAGCCGCCCAGCUCUGCUACACCGAGUUCCAGGUGGCCCUGACGCACCACGGCGAGAACACGGGCGUGUUGACCGGCGGCAUCCAACUGCACACCUCUGAGGGCAAACCCACCGAGAAGUUAUACGACUUCAUCAAAGUGGAGAAGGAUGACACGAAAGGCAAAAGCGGCGAGGCCAACAAGACGUCUGCUGGCCAAGUGCAUGACGUGUCUAACCCCGGUUGCAUGGAAGUAUCGCACCGAAACAACAACGUGAUCGCCAAAGGGUGGAGCUACAGCUUGCCACCCAAAACCCUGCCCAUCGCCGCCCAGGCCGGUAAAGACUCCAAGAAGAGUCCCACCGGCAAACCUCCCAAACCAGCGUGUGUGGAGGCCUCCAAGAUGUUUGACAAUCCUCUCUACGGAUCCACGCGCACCGCUCCAAGCCCAGGCAAGGAUCAGGAGAAGAACCACCUCCUGCCCCCUGAGCCCACCUUUGGGUCCAAGCCGCCGGAGGGCCCCCCGGUGCCCACCCCGGUGCCCACCCCUCGCAACCGCUCCUUCACCUACUCCGAGUCCAAACCGCCGGCCGCCGGCGCCCAGCAAAAGAAGCCCGUGGUGCCGUCGCGCUCGCAGGGCUCCGCCAGCAGGCCGCCGUUACCCGCCAAAGCUCGGCCCCCGGGGUCCCCGGAGCCUCAGUCCCUCAAGGCCAAGGACCACAGAGACAGCUCAGAGCUCCCCAGCGGGCGGCGAUGAGGGCGGGGCUGACCCAGUGCCAGAAGGACGCCAAGGGAGACCAGCAGUAGUCACUUCCAGGCUUUGGAAGCGCUCUCCUCUGAUUGGUGGCGAGGAUGUAAACAGGAAGUGACUCGAAACACAACGGUUUGUAACUUUAAAAGCGAUACGACCAUUUUGGUGUCGAUCGGCCAAUAUCGCUGACAUACAAAUUGUGUUUUUUGUCCUUUAAAUCUUAUGGGCAUUUUAUUCAUCAGAAUUAGAUAUUUUUGGGCCCAAAUCUCUCCUUUGGUUAACACAACAACAAAUAGCAAAGCACCGUUUGUGAAAAUAAACAAAACAAAACAACAAA